GGCCCGGCGAGGGGGCGGGGCCAGACGGGGCGCGCGGGGGGGGCCGGGACGGAGCCGCAGGCCGCCAUGGAGGCCCGGCCGCUGUUCCAGGCGCUGCACGCGCUGGCCGAGGACAACGCCGCCUUCUUCGGGCGCAGCGGCACCGAGGCGGGCCGGCGCUUCGUGGCCGCCUUCGGCGCCAUCCGCGAGCACGCCCGCCGCCUGGAGCCGGCCCUGGGCCACUUCGCCCGCCUCUACCACCGCUUCGACCUGGACGAGGCCACGCCGGGCAACGGCUACCGCAGCCUGGUGCACACGGCCUGCUGCUGCCUGGCGCAUGUGGUGCACAAGAGCCGCUACGUGGCCGCCCACCGCCGCAGCGUCUUCUUCCGCAGCGGCCACAACGCCGCCGAGCUGGAGGCCUACGGGGCCGCCCUGGCCCAGCUCCGCGCCCUGCUCUACCUGGCGCAGCGGCUGCUGGCCCACAACCGCCCCGGCUGCCUCUUCCCCCAGGAGGAGGGCGGCCUCUCCGAGCUGGUGCUGCGCGAGUACAGCACCAUGCACAACGGCUGCUUCUACGGGCGCUGCCUCGGCUUCCAGUUCGCCCCCUCCAUCCGGCCGUUCCUGCAGACCAUCGCCAUCGGGCUGGUGUCCUUCGGCGAGAACUACAAGCGGGACGACAUGGGGCUGGGCGUGGCGGCCGGGUCGCUCUUCACCAGCGGCAAGUUCGCCAUGGACCCGGAGCUGCGGGGCGCCGAGUUCGAGCGGCUGACGCAGAACCUGGACGUCCACUUCUGGAAGAGCUUCUGGAACCUGACGGAGAUGCAGCUGCUGGCGUCGGUGGCCAGCCUGGCGGCCGCGCCGGUGCGGCUGUGCUGGGCGCUGACGGUGCCGCCGGAGCCGCUGGAGCUGCCGCUGGCCGCCGACCCGGCGCUGACCGUCACCAUCCCGCCGCCCGUGGCCCACACCGGGCCCGGCCCCAUCCACAUGCGCCUCCUCUCCUACGAGCUGCGCGAGGGACAGGACAGCGCGGCGCUGAGCGCCCUGGCGGGGACGGAGGCACCGCGGUGGCGCCGGGGCCGCCCCGGGCCACCCUCGCCGGCGCUGCUGGUGCACUUCCACGGCGGCGGCUUCGUGGCGCAGACGUCGCGCUCGCACGAGCCCUACCUGCGCGCCUGGGCCCGCGAGCUGGGCGCCCCGGUGCUCUCCGUCGACUACGCCCUGGCCCCCGAGGCGCCCUUCCCGCGCGCCCUCGAGGAGUGCUUCUACGCCUACUGCUGGGCCCUGCGCCACUGCCGCCUGCUCGGGUCGACGGCGCAGCGCGUGUGCCUGGCCGGGGACAGUGCCGGCGGCAACCUGUGCCUGACGGUGUCGAUGCGGGCGGCCGCCUUCGGGGUGCAGCGCCCCGACGGCAUCAUGGUGGCCUACCCGGUGACCAUGGUGCAGGCGGCCGUGUCGCCCUCCCGCCUGCUCACCCUGCUCGACCCGCUGCUGCCCCUCAGCGUCCUCUGCAAGUGCCUCAGUGCCUACGCAGGGACGGAGGGGGAGGCGGGCGAGGCGCCGGCCCUGGAGAAGCUCAGCCCGGGGCGACUGCUGCGCCGCGACACUGCCCUGCUGCUGCGCGACCUGCGCCGGGGGGCCGCGGCCUGGCUGGGGGCCCUGCGCCCACCCCCCCGGCCCCACAGCCCCCCCGAGCCGAUGCGGAAAAGCAUCUCGGAGGCAGUGCUGGCGGAGGAGCCCCCCCCUGCGCCCCGGCCCCCCCGCAGGAGCCGGACCUGGCAGGAGGCGCUGUGGGGGCGCCGGGACGGGGACGGCGCCGAGGACGGGGACAGCAGCAGGGACGGGGACAAGGACGGCGGCGGGGACAAGGACGGCGGCGGCCUCGACUACCCCGACGACUUCCAGCCGCUGCGCUCCGACCGGCCCCCGGCCAACUUCUCUGUGGCCAGCGCCCCCGUGGCCAGGAACCCCUACAUGAGCCCGCUGCUGGCCCCCGACACCAUGCUGCAGGGGCUGCCCCCCGUCCACAUCGUGGCCUGCGCGCUGGACCCGAUGCUGGACGACUCGGUGAUGUUCGCGCGGCGGCUGCGGGAGCUGGGGCGCCCGGUGACACUGCACGUGGUGCCGGACCUGCCCCACGGCUUCCUCAGCCUGGCGCAGCUCUGCCCCGAGACGCGGCAGGCGGCCGCGCUCUGCACCCGCCUCAUCCGCGACGUGCUGCGCCCCCCGGCCCCCCGCCGCCCCUCGCUGCUGCCCGGCCCCCGCCGCCCCUCGCUGCUCCUCGCCCCCCGCCGCCCCAGCUCCGGCCCCGACGGCCCCCCGCCCCGACGGGGGUCGCUGCUCCCGGCCCCACGGCGCCACAGCCUCGCCCCCUCGCCCCACGGCGCCUCGCGACGGGGGUCGCUGCAGCCGGGCGAGCGCCGCGAGGGCUCGGCGACCCACGGCGCCAGCGGAGCAGCGACCCACGGCGCCAGCCAUGCAGAGACCCACGGCGGCGGGGCUGCGGAGACCCACGGCGCCAGCCAUGCAGAGACCCACGGCGGCGGGGCUGCGGAGACCCACGGCGCCAGCCAUGCAGAGACCCACGGCAGCGGGGCUCCAGCGACCCACAGCACCAGCAAUGCAGUGACCCACAGCAGCGGGGUUCCAGUGACCCACAGCACCAGCAACGCAGCGACCCACGACACCAGCAACGCAGCGACCCACGGCAGUGGGGCCGCGGAGACCCAUGGCACCAGCAGUGCAGUGAUGCACGGUGGUGGGGCCACGGAAACCCAUGGCUCCAGAGAUGCACCAACGCACAGCUCCAGCAAUGCACUGACCCACAGCAGUGGGGCUGCAGCGACCCACGGCAGUGGGGCUGCAGGAGCCCACGGCCCCAGCGAUGCACUGACCCACGGCGCGAGGGCCGCAUCGACCCACAGAGCCGGCACUGCCCUGACCCAUGGCUCCAGCGCUGCCGAGACCCAUGGCGCUGGGACCCCAUUGUCCCACGGCUCCAGUGACGCACUGACCCACGGUGCUGGGACCACAUCGACCCCGGGCUCCAGCGCUGCCCCGGCACCCCACGGUGGUGCUGCGGGCCGGGGGUCUGGGGCGCAGGCCCCCCCGUGCUGCGGGGGCCCCCCGAGUCCCCCGGAGCCUCCCCUGGGCCAGGGGCAGAGCCGGGGGGGCAGUGCCCGGCGCCCCAGCGGCCCCGCGGGACGCGAGGUGGGGUCCUGAGCCCCAGCCUGCCGUGGGGCCGCCAUGGGGCUCGGCCCCAUGGGGGGAAUAAAGCCCCUUUGAAACCUA